AGUAUCCAGUUGGCACAAAUUAAAGCCAUUAAAAAAAAAAGCAGAUGAUUCAGUAAAAAAAUGUUAUUUCAUGUUGUGAAUGACGAAACCGAUGAGUAGUAACUGAUUUAAAAGAAAAAUCUUGAAGUAUUUCGUCAGUUUUAAACUUUGGUGUAAUUUGAAGUGUUCAGUGUUCUUUAUCUAAAAGUGUAAGCUAAUAACCGUAUUUAACAACAAUGGAAUUUCCUCAUAUCGGAAAGAACUGCUGCUAUAAAUCCUGUAACAAACUCGAUUUCCUACCUAUGAAAUGUGAUGCUUGUAAAGAAGUGUACUGUGCUGAGCACUUUGCAUACUUAAAACAUGAAUGCCCUGCACCAAAUAGUCGUGAUGUGCAAGUACCACAAUGCCCGCUUUGUGGAGCUCUAGUACCUGGAAAAAGAGGAGAGCCACCAGAUGUUGCAGUGGGGGCUCAUAUUGACAAUCUGUGUACAUCAGACCCAGCAAGAGAAAGACGAAAUAAGGUAUUUACAAACAGAUGUUCAUACAAAGGAUGCAAAACGAAAGAGAUGGUGCCUCUAGUGUGUGUGGAAUGUUCGCUUAAUUAUUGUUUAAGACAUAGACAUACUGCUGAUCAUGCAUGUGAAGGAAAACUAGCUGCAAAACGAAGAAGAGCUGCCGAGGCAGCUUUGGCACGCAUGAAAGCAAAUGACCACAAAAUAGCAAAUGUUCGACAAAUACCCUCGGGAGUCACCACAUCUAAUAUACAGGGGAAUAUGACUGAAGAUGAAGCUCUCGCGCAUGCAUUGGCUUUAUCAUUGCAAGAUGAUCAACAAAACAUGGGAAAUAUUCGGACCCGAGUGGGCGGUGAGCCUAACUCUAGAUGUACUGUUUCGUAAAUAAUUAUAACCAAAUACCUUAUUGAUUUUUAUGUCGCAUUUUAAAUAACAUUGAUGUGUAUUCGCUCAAUUUAUUAAAUCUAUUUGAUAUUAAGUUUCAUGUU